UUCUUAUUGGGGCUUGGUGGAACUGGGCACUGGGGUGUUGGAGACAGGGCUGAGGGGCCCCUUGCUACCCCAUCAUGGCAUCUGCUCCCAUCAUCCUCUACCUCUGCUGCUGGCUGGCCAGGCAGAGCAAGGUGUUCGGUCAGCUCAGCUACUCCAAACCUUCCAUCUCCCUGAGUCCCAACGGGGGGGUCACCCUGGGGGGAGCCGUGACCAUCCAGUGUUGGGCUCCAUUCCAGAACUUGAGGUUCCUUCUGUUCAAAGAUGGAAAGCCGAACACGCGGCAGGACAUGGAACCGGCUGGGAAUCUGGCCGAGUUUUCCAUUCGCAAUGUGAGCCGGAGAGAUGCAGGGAGCUACAGCUGCUAUUAUCAACACAAAGGGUACCCGUUCAUGUGGUCGCAGCCCAGCGACCCCGUGGAGCUGGUGGUAGCAGAGCCCAGCUACCCCAAACCCAACAUCUCCCUGCACCCCAGUGAGGGGGUUACCCUGGGGGGAGCUGUGACCGUCCGGUGUGAGUGUCGGUGUCGGGGAGCGAGGGUCUUUCUGAAUAAAUCUGGAGACCCGGACGCACAGCGCGCGACAGAUUCCGCGGGGGACUUGGUUGAAUUUCCCAUCCACAAUGUGAGCCGGAGAGAUGCAGGGAGCUACAGCUGCCAAUAUAGCACCAAGUGGGGCCCGCCCGUCUGGUCGGAGCCCAGCGACCCCGUGGAGCUGGUGGUAGCAGAGGGAACCAACCCAGCUGGGACCCAGCAGCCUGAUCCCCCCAUGACGGAGCCGGCGGGAGAAGGUGGAUCGGAACCAAGCGCACCGGAUCUGACCCGCUCCAUCAUGGCCGGGGUGAGCGCGGCGGCCGCCGGCCUCCUCCUUCUCCUCCUGGCCUUCCUCUGCUACAGAAGCACCCGAGGAAGGAAAGGACCAGACCCAAGACAGAGCAGGGAGUCCGAAGCUGCAGCCACAGUCUACGCCCUCGUGGGCGAAGGGAAGCAGCUGGAUGUCCUGCCCCAGGAGCCCGACCCUGAAGCCGAGGGACUCACCUACGCCGAGCUGGACCACCAGGGACUGCAGGCCAAACGAGGGGGCCCGGCCCCUGCCCCCGAGCCCGUCCUGUACGCUGCCGUCAAUGUGAGCCAGGGAGCCCACAGACAGAGCCCCCAGGGUGCAGGGGCGCCCCCCCACCCCCAUAGUAUGAACCCAGGGGGAGUCAUCGCCGCGACGGGGCAGGGAGCGUUGGCCACCAGAGGGUGACAGAGUGAUUCCCUCCCCCCAGAGACUGGGCUCAGCUUAUAGCCCCCACCCCCGUAGCCCUCCCUCCAGGGGGUGCUGCCCCACCCAGCCCCACGUGUGGGGGGCUGGGGGGGCUCAGCACCGGGAGGCAGAGAGGACCCCUCUGGGGUAGGGUGUGGCCAACCCCCCUUCGUUCUACCACUACCCAGUAACCUACUGCAGGAUGCUCCAUCCAAGGCUGCAGUUGAUCACACCGCUGCCACCAGUUGUGACAGAGUCACAGGUCCGAUGUUCUGGAACUGCUCUUUAUGCAGCCAGCCAGGACUCUGGGGUGGCGCGACUCCCCUCAGGGCACGCUGUCCAGGGCAAAAAGCUUCCUCGGCUACGGCCUUCCUGGUCUGACCUCGGAGCAUUCAGCAUCCCUGUUCCCACCGUGCGCUUCCCCUUGCUGGGUCUGUGACAUUGCACUCCAUGUUUUAUGUGGAAAUAUGCUCAUAAGUGUGAAUAUGAUGUAACUGGAAUAUGCUUCAUGAAAAAGGUCUCUUGUAAGGUAUCAUUACAAAACUUAUAAUCUACUGAGUGUGGUCAUCCGAUUUGUACAUAUGUAUCAUUCUUGUAUCUCAAACUAGAAAUAUGAAGUAUAACUCCGAAAUCCUGUUGUAAUUAUGCAAAGUGUGGGCUGUUAAUGGUGGUUUAGAAUCUUGAUGGCUCCCAUUAACUUAGGACAAUUGGUUGUAAAUGGCUCUGUUUACUUGCAAGCCUUCCUGCCUUCUCCUGAGUCAGGCCAGGAAG